AUGGGCCUAAAUGAGAAGCCCAAAGUUGGAAUCUAUUGUAGACGUUAGUUAGCCUAAAACCCUUUGCCAAACACGAAGCUCAAACAUCUCCGACCUCUGUUCGCCGUCUUGAGUUAAUAAUCCUCCUCACCGAUCUCUUUCACCGGAACUCUCACAUAAGAGAGACGAUGAGUGGGUUUAGAGCAUUCAAAGCACAGGUGCCCAUUCAAUGGAGCGAGAGCUUGUACAUAACCUUAGUGAGAGGUCUCCCUGGAACCAGGAAGCUUCACAGGCGUACCCUCGAGGCUAUGGGACUCCGCAGAUGCCAUCGCACUGUUUUGCACUCUAACACUUCUUCCAUUAGAGGAAUGAUUCAACAGGUUAAAAGGAUGGUUGUUGUUGAAACAGAGGAGAUGUUCAAAGCUCGCAAAGAAGCUGAAGCCAACCACAAAGCUCUCCGCCCUCCGCUUGUUGUCAGUCAUUCAAUCCCUGCAACAGGCUCAUCCAACAUGUCUUGAGAAUUUCAGAGGAUGGUAAAGCUCUCCAACCGUCACCUUUUUAAGUUCCAUUUGCAUCUGUAGUGGCCUUUUAUUUAAGGUCCCGGUAAGAAGGAAGCCAUAAGUAGUCUAGACGCAAUAAGAAAUGUGGGUGUCAAUGGGUUUGGUGCCUCUUAUACGCUGGAUACUUGUCUAUGUUUGAUCUCAUUUUGUCAAAUCCAUCUGUUUGGUUACUUUUUGUGUGUUUCAGUGUUUGGAAUGGGCAAACUUGUUUCUCUUUUA